AUGUCGCAUGUGGUGGUGAUCGGCACGGACUUGCGGAGGGCUACCGUCAAGGUCAGCCCAGGUACCUACUUGACAGAUGUUUUGCAGGAGGCCUGCAAGAAGCUCAACUUGCCGAGUGAUAAGUACUUGUUGAAGCACAAGCAAAAGCAGGUCGAUCUGUCCGUCGUCUGGCGAGUGAGCGGCCUUACUCCGGGUGCCAAACUUGAGCUCGUCCAGAAAUCCAACACACCUUCAGUCGUUUCCGUUGCACUCCAACUACCCGCACUUGAGGCAAAUGCAGCACCAAACGGUCGGUUAAUUGAGAAACUACCCAGCGACUUCACAAUAUGGAAGGUCUUGCGCCAGUUCGAGAGUGGCGUUGUUAGUCAGGGGAAGAACCUCAAUCUUACAGCACGAGGAGUAGCACAAACAACAAGUGGAGGCGCGAGUGGGAGUGGCCAGAUGUACUAUGAGACGCCAGUGUUGAACAUCAUGGGCCGGGAACUGGCUACCUUUGAUGACUUCCAGAAAACUCUUUCACAACUUGGAUACAAUUCCGGCAGCGUCUUGAUCCGGUUGUCGUUCAGGAAGACGGAUCAAACCUUGUUUGAGGCUAUGGGCCAGAUCAGUCAGUUCUUCUCCGAAGUCGAGGCGGAAGCGAAGAAGGCAGACCAGACGCCACCCGCCCUGCAGGAAACAGUAAAGCCUGGGGCUGUUGAGACGACCACUCAGCCAGCAGCUCCUGAGGAUGAAGUCAAACUCUCAGUCGCAGAUGCUCCAGACAACCAGCAAAGCAGUGAAACAUCAGAGCAAGACCCGGCAGAUCUGACCGAACCGACGGCCGAGACGAUGGAUGUCGAUCAACCAGAUGCGGCAGACCCUUUGCAGCCGGUCAGUGUCUUCCGUGCUCCGAGUGGAACGACACCUGCGGCAGCUCUCGCGGAUGUACCAGAGGACGACUAUGCCCCGACCAUUGCCCACGCACAGCUCCACCAAGCUCGACUUCAGCAAAGCGCACAGAACAAGCGACUGCUGUCCGACAAGGAACUCGAGGCGCUGAGGCAAGCCGAAGAAGCUCGUCUCGCUGCUGUUAGUAAGGUGCCGAUGAAAGUGCGAUUCCCUGACAAUACCUCCGCGCAAUGGACAUUUGGCCACGAAGCCACCGGCGCCACCCUUUACCAGGCCGUCAGAUCUGUGAUGGCUCACAACACCCAGGCCUUCAGGCUGGUUAUACCCGGUAGCAAGGUCAUUAUCAAAGACGAAGAUAGCCCGAAGAACCGCUUGAUUCACGACUACAAGCUCACGCGUAGUGUGCUUUUGAGCUUGGUCUGGAACGACAGUGUGCCGGCGGAUAUCCGCAAGAAACCCUUCUUGAAAGGCAGCGUCGCCCAGAAGGCGACAGACGUCACGGUCCCUGAUAUCCCUAAGGGCGACGACAAGGAGGAACAGCAACCAACUGCCUCAUCCUCGAAACCGGAGAAGAGGGAAGGAAGUGGCGAUGGCAGUGUUGCGAAGAAGCUUCCCAAGUGGCUUAAGUUGCCUGGAAAGAAAUAG